UUCACAACCGUCCGUAAACCGGAGCACCAGCUGAUGAUUCAGCUAUUACAAAUAAAAGUACACGUGAAGUACAUUUAAAUAUCAAUGAUAUCGGUAUAAUGCGGUUGUUGUUCAGCUAAAGAUGUUUAAACUCGAGUCAUCUCGUUGCUAAUUGAGAAAAUGGAACAGAUGAGACCGUCUGUCAAGCGCAAGUUGUUCUUCGCUAAACGAAUCAUCAAGAGAAGACUGAUAAUGGUGUAAUCAUUGUUUUAUUCAGACCAAAACGUCUUUGUGACGGAUAAAACGCAGCUGUGGAGGGUGAUAUCAGUGAGCCACGUGACACAAAAUCUCUCCGUACGGAUUGAUCGGUCCAGCAGAGUCAGGAGACUGUGACCUACGUGACAUAGUUGGUGAUAAGACGGUUCAUUCGGGUGGUUUAUUUUUCAUUGGACAAGUGGAAAAGUUGAACUGGUAGAUGUCAGUGGUAAGGAGAGUGAUAAACAGUCAGUUGGUGUUUUAAAAGUUGAAGAUUAAUCGUGAUUGGUGAUCAUUGGGAGGAGUGUAAUUGUUGAAUUUGUUGAGGAUUGUUGUAGGUCUUGUUAAGAAUGACUCUGACUAACGCCAAAUGACGUGCCAAAGAGUUGCUCCAGUACAAGUUUAAUCACAGUAUUAAUUAAGUGUAGAUUAAAACCCGAGAGAAGUUUAUGAUAUACACGAAGACUAUAUUUACGCGGGAAAACUCGUGACACUGUUGUUGCUGCUGUUGAGGAUUGAUUUGGGGUUGUUUUGAGGGAUUUAGAGACUUUGUUGGAUAAAAUAACGGAGCAAUGUUUUUUGGAGGAUACAGCUAUGGACCGAGUAGUCCAACAUCUCCAACCCGGACCAAUGGUUGGGGCAGCGUUUGCAGUCCAUUCAGAACUACUCACAUGCCGCCUUUACAAGACAUCACGAUGAACCAGACGACGUACCUGGGCAGUGGCACAAAUCCGAGAUCACCGGGAAAAGUUCCCAAUGGGACUGCCUCGGGUCACGCUGGCAGAACCAUCAAGGAUUAUGAAGAUCAACUGGGAAUAUUACAGAAAGAAAAUUUCAAUCUCAAGUUACGUGUUUACUUUCUCGAGGAAAAGAUGGGGAUCAGUUCAGCAGAUGAGAAUACCAUUAAAAAGAAUAUUGAGCUGAACGUUGAACUUGAAUCCCUGAAGAAAGAUCUGAUUGAGAAGCAGGAACUUCUUAGCCAAGCCGCCAAAGCGUUCCAGCUGCAUGAAGAGCAGAAAGAGGCAGCAGCUCGAAAUCAAAUUCAAUACCAGCAGUCCCUAGAUGCUGAGCGGCAAAGAAUAGAAGACCUGGAACAAGAGUUAUCAGAGUACAAGGAGAAACUGCUGGAGCCUUCGAUGUACUACAAAGAGGCCUUCGGUAUCACUCCAGAAGCAGCCCUGGAGAACAAGGAGAAGCUGAUCCAGAUGGAGGAGUUCGUGGAGAGUCUAGAAGCCGAAGUGAAGCAAUUAUCAGCGAGUCUGGAGGAUGAGAGAUCGUGGGCACAAGAGUUGGAGACCGAGAGGGAUACCCUGAGAGCUCGUCUGGAAACGGAAGUGAAGAAUCGAGAGAAGUUGACAUCUUCGCGUGACAGUGACAUCGAGGAGCUGAGAACGAGGAUCAAGGAGCUUGAAGAGGAUGCUCUCAGACGGGAGAGUGCUGCUCAACAAUUGAGGAAUGAGUUGGCAGAGAAGGACAGGCUGAUCAGAGAGAAGAUAUCUAUGUUGGAGGAGAAGUGUCGAGCCUGCGAUGAGCUCGCUGAGGUCGCAGAGAAGAGGAAGAAGCAGAUAGAUCAGUUAAGAGUCUCUGUCAAGUGUCGAGACGAUGCACUCACGGAACUCAAUAAUAAGCAUCGAGCCCUGUUGAAUCAGUCUGAGAACAGUCUUGUGAGGAGAAUGUCACCACCCACCAGUCCAAUCACUUACGAUGAUUCGCCGGGGAUAAGGUCGGGUCAGAGGUCUGGACAAGCGUCUGGUAUCGUCAGUCCAAGUAAAUGCACCAGUCCGUUUGAUUGGGACUGCAGAUCCAGGGGCCCCUUGCAGAGUCAUUCUGGCGAUGAGAAGGAUAUUAAGGAGUUGGUGAAGGAACUGGAGGAAAGAGAUCGCAAGUUGAGAGAUCAAGAAGAAACGAAGAAGCAGCUUAUGUUAAAGCUGUGCAAUGUACAAGAGACAGCGGAAGCAACCCAACGGGACUUAAAAAAAGUCAAGGCAGACCAUACAAAAGCCUUGCUUGCAAUCCAGGAAUUCAUGGCUCGUCAGAGUCGGCUUGAGCAAAAAUUAACGAAAAAAGAGAAAAAGAUCGAAGAGCUAAAACAAGAGUCCAGUAAACUCCGAGAAACUGAUUCGAAAACCAAAAGAAAUGCCCAGCUGUCAUCGGUGAAGCGGAAUUUGACCCCAGAUAUGGAUGAAGAUCGUCUGGAGAAGAAGUCAUCGAGUCAGCAGCGUUUCGAGGAAAUGGAAAUCAAGAUAAACGACCUCAGAGGCGAAAUUGAUAUGAUCAAAGCCGAGAAGAAUCGACUUGAGAAACAAAUACACGAUGAGUCAGAGGAGCUGCGUGAUCAGAUAGCUGAUAAACAACGAAGAAUUGAGUGCCUGGAAUUGGAGCGUGACGAGAUCAAACGAGAGCUCGUCGACAAAGAAAACGAGAUCAAGCACAUCACCUCAAGCUCGCUUGCACCAGUGCCUACCCCCGAAAUUGAGCAAGAGCUGCUUUCCAAGACGAAAGAGAUCGAGGAGAAGAAUCAAAAGAUCGACCAACUCUCCCGGGACCUCCAGAUAAAGACCCAGAAUCUCCAGAAGCUGGUGAACACCGAAUUGUGGUCCAAGAACAAAGAGAUUGCAAAAUUGCACAAUCACAUGACAAAUCAGUCACAUGAGAGAACUCGAAACAAGUCAGAGUCCCAUCAGGACUCGAUAAACUCUCACCUAGAUCUCCUCCUGAAGGAGCUGAACGAUGUAGGCAUUGAAGUCAAGUUCUCAGAGGAUCUGGUGUAUCUGAACUGCAGGGACCAGUCACUCCCGGACAUAAAAAACCUCGCAGACCAUGUCCAACAGCUGUCGAUUCAGAAGAACGACCUCGAAAAGGAAGUCGAGUACCUGAAAUGGUUGAAAUUAAUUUCGAAAACCGACAUCGAGAGUGACGAAUCCAAUGGCUUCGAGUCUGAAAAAUCCAAGGAAUACUGUGAGCUGCUACGAGGGCACCUGAAAUCUCUCGUGAAAUUCAUGAAGGAGAUGCUGAAAAGCUCAAACUACUCGAUCAAUGAUGAAUACAAGAAAAUGGUUCUGGACGUGCUGGUGGGGUCGAGGAUUCUCUCUGAAGACUUUGUGCACGCUCUGGAGGGUGUCAAUUCAUUUUCAAAGAGGGAGCUUACCCUGGAGGAUCUCUGCACAUGUAGGGACUUCAAGCGAAGUCGAUCAAACGUGAUGGACGAGAAAUCAGACUCUGAGGCAUUUUCAGAGCCCGACAGGAGUGUUUCCCUGGCGAGAAUUGGCCUCCAGGAGAUACCUGAAAAGUACUCGAACCGAGUUAGAUACUCCAAGUACUCGAAGAAUUUCAGUGACUCUGAGGACUCAGUGGAUUAUAUUCCUUAUCACAAGACGUAUCAGAAUGAUCUCAAUGAGAUUGACUGGGCUUAUCAUCUCCAGGAGCUCAAGGAGACGAAUAAUUCUUUAUACUCUGAGCUGAUGGAGCUCAGGAACGACCUAAUGAGGAGGUCCCCGAUGAGUGACAUUGACGAGAAAUUAAAGCCUAUUAUCCUGAAGUUGGAGAAGUGUCAGAGCUUCUGCGACAAACUGCAGGGCUCUAUCGACAGGAAGAUGCAGGAGGGUUUGAUCAAGAAGGAUAGCAAGCAGAACUGCGUGAGGAAGGUCCAGCUGGAGAAGAAAAUCACGGAUGUUGAGAACAUGACGAUGGAUAUUCACUACAAGGAGAGUAACGAGAGGAAGAAUGCUGAGAUGAUGGUUGGAUUGAAUAGGGAGAACGAGGGAUUGAGAAUGAGAGUGAAGAAGCUGGAGGAGGACAACGAGGGGGUGAGGGACAACGUUGUCAUGCUGAAUAAAGAACUCGACAGGCUCACCCUUUCGCAGAGUCAGGUCCUCGUGGAAAACACCAAAUUGACGAACGAUAAGUUGCGGCUUGAGCAAGAGAUCAGGAAGGCUGAGGGGAGGUUUGAGGCUGGUCUCAAGGAUCUGAAGGAAAAAUUCGAAAAGGAAGUGGCAGAGCUGAACCUCAUCAACGACUCUCAGAGAGGCAGGCUGCAGGAGUUAGAGGCAGCCAAUAAAGAGCUCAGAAGGCAGGUAGUGGUUUGCGAGACUAGUGAUUCUGCCCCCAGCUCUAGUGGAAUUUCUUCCAUUCCGGCGGAUGGCACUCUCAAGCAGACAUGUGAUGAUCUGCUACAAGUAUUUCAUUAUAAUGGAUCUCAGUACUGGCAUCCCGUGAACUAUCCACCAUCAACUGGUCGCAGUAAGUCCAGUUGUUCUCCAGAUCUCGGUAUAGAGAGUGAUGCAGCAGUAUCCACGACAAGACCCCUAAAAGACACAUUAAAAAUUACGGAAUCCAUGACAAAUCUAUUGAGCGACGAGGAGCACUGCAACAACAAUCGAGGGCUGCGGGACCUAGACAGGGAAAGCCCGCUACACCUUGAAGGUGGGCAUAAUUAUAGUCUAGACGAAGUAGAAGCCUUAAAGCAGGAAAACGAAGCGCUGAAGCGACGAUUAAUGAAGACGAAGAGAGCCCUGGAGGAUACAUUUAAACACCUGUCAGCAUCGAACAAAAAUAAAAAGAAUGUGGAGAAAGCAAUCACUAAACAACUUAUGAUUACAAAGAGCAUUCUUCAAAAAACGAGGACAUACGAAGAGUCCUUCGACAACUGAUGACGUGAGAUAAAGUGUUAUUUGUUUUCGAAAACGGUGGGAGAACACUCGAUCAACGAAAUUGAUCUUUCUCUCCGAAUUUACCAUUGGGUAUUACCGUUACUCUUUCAACGAUAUUGCGUACUUUUAAUUGCACUCUUACUUCCUAUAUUCGUAUUCCACCUUUUUUGCGGUUCACUUAUGAUCCGAUCGACUGAAUUCUUUUAAUUGGUACUUAUCUUUGAUAUGCGAUAAUUCAACGACAAAUCUUUGAGGGAAUACGACCAUUAAAGUAACAUUUUCCUACAUUAAGAUAUAUGGGCAUUUUCUAAUAAAGCAAAAAGUGAGUAUAAACAAAGUGAAGGUUUAAGACUCUAAAAAUGUAAUUGAUAAGAUGUUGAAAUUACGAUCAUUCGAAAUUCAAGUGUAUAUUGGAAAGUGUAAAUAAUUGAAGUGAAACGUGAAAAUGACAAUUUGGAAUUUUUCUUUUGUAUGUAAUUUUUGAAAAUGAUUUUUUUUUUCAAAUAUGAUGGAUGGUAAAUUUUGGGGUGAUUAUAUAGUUGUAUAUAGCAGAUAUCUACUCAUGGUUGAAAAUCUGUAAAUAAACAUACGAGUGAAGUGCCAUUAAAAUUUUCUCAAUCAA